AUGAACCUACAUGGUCCAAACCUGUCCGAGUCCGUCUCUAACCUCCUCCGGAUCAAUAACUCGGCGUGUAAUCGAGGGAAUGACGUCCUGACAGGAAACUGGUCUCAUCACACCGUAGGGGGGAUUUACGGCGUGUCUUCGUGUCCUCCCGUCCAGCAGAUGGCGGUGCAGAAGAACUGGGCGGCGCUGCUGAUUCUGGUCGUCAUCGCCGUCACAGUGAUGGGAAACAUCCUGGUCAUCCUCGCCGUGUCUCUGGAGAAGAAACUGCAAAACGCCACCAACUAUUUCCUCAUGUCGCUGGCGGUGGCCGACAUGCUCCUGGGCAUCCUGGUCAUGCCCAUCUCCAUGGUGACCAUCCUCUACGGUAAGCCAUGAGUGACACUUUUAAUAAUAGGGAUAACUGAGGUGGCCUUUAGUGUGACGCUGAGUCCAGAUCAGCAGGAGAGUUGCUGGGACUCCAAGAUUCAGGUUUACCAUCAUCAUCAUCUUCAUCAUCAGCUCAGGUGUGACAGGUGCAGAGCAGGGGUUUAGUUUACCCUGAUGGCUGUCUUAAAGGGACGCUAAAGGAGAGGUUCUAACCCCCAAUCUCCACCUUCAUCCUGAUCGUCUCCUAAAAGGUCGUAUCCUCCGAUCGUAGCUGAUCGUAACCAUUCGAGUUAACGUGUCAAUUUACACCGACUUCUUUCCGUUCCUCUGCGGAUCGCCGGACUCCUCAGCUGAUCACAAGAGUUCUAGUUUUUCUGGACGCCGGAGCAUGGCGGAUAAAUUCAGCACAGAUUAACCCGUGCUGGAAAGGAAGUCGGGCACAGACACAAAAUAAAACAUCCGGCCACCAUGGAUGAGGAGAUGCUGAUUCUAGAAGUCUAGAAGUAGAUUUCCUCCUCUGGAAGGACACAAUCUACUGCUUAUAUGUCUAUGUGUCUGUCUUUAGAGAGACAACUCGUUAUCGAGUGAUUGAACGUGGUUUUUGUGAGUUCUUGCGAUUACCGCUGUCUGUAAUCCGCCAAGACAAUCGCCUCACAAAUGGGUCCAGUAUGAACAGUUCCAGAUCGGAGUUGUCCGGAUGCGGUGGAAAUUGGGGUUAGAUUGGGUGACCAUAUUUGACUUUCCAAAAAGAGGAAAUGACUAUGGGGGGGCGGAGUCACGGAGUCGCAGGAAGUUAAUUUUAAGAGUUUUUGGGGUCGGAUCGAGUUUCUUUAACGUGCUCCUAACUCAGUAAGUCCAUGUGACACAAAAUCUAAACUCGGGUAUUAAACCGCAGACAUUGACAUGUCCGGGUAAGAGAGGAUGUGUGGUCACCCUAACUUUGACAUCCUUCAGAUGUAGAUCUUGAUGUUUGUUAAAAAAAUGUAGAGUUCUGGUUGGACGGUGUGGUCAGCACGGGGCGGUGACGUUUCAAUGAUGACGUCCCUGUAGAUCUCUGGGGAUGAUCCUCCUCUCUAACCCUGACCGUCCUGACCGUCGCUGUAAUCGUACAGAAACUUAAACAUGAAUGUAUGAAUCAUCAGGUGAACAUCACUGAUUCAUCUGCUUCAGGUGUCACGGCGAGGUCUGAGGUGGUCUUAGGUGGUAUUUCCUUCUGAUCUGGAGGGUUGGAUUGUUGGACGGCGUGGAGGAGAAGUCAGUGAGAGGAGGAGGAGGAGGUUCAGGAGGAGCUGAGUGUGAACUCUGCUGUCAGCCUGCCACAGGUGGAUGCUGAUUUCUCCUGGAGAGCUUCCUCAUUUUCUCUGUUUAUCUGUCAGCUGCUGUCCCACACACACACACACACACACACACACACACACACACACACACACACACUGAGAUAACCUCUGUCAAACACACACACACACCUCUGUCCUCCUCUGCCUGUUUCCAGCUGAUCCUCCUCCUCCUCCUCCUCCUCCUCUCCCCUCGGUGUCUGUAAAUGUCACGAGCCGCUGCGCUCUGAGCGGCUUAAAGCUCCUUAAGCAGAAAAUUCAUUUGCAUGAGAACGAGGAGCUGAAAAUGAGUGAGCGCCUCCUGAAGAAGAAGGAGAAGAAGAAGGAGCUGAUUACUCGUCCUCCUCGAUCUGUAAUGAGGAGACAAAAGGAGUCAUUAAGGGGAGGAAAUAACUGCAGCGGCGGCGGCGAGUGUUUGUUUUCAGUGUCUCACUUUCAUUCACUGACUCAGAGCAAACAGAGCGGCGGGAAAUCACAGUCAUCUGAGGAAAAGGAGGCGGGGCUUCUGACUGAAGAUGAGGAGGUGUGGAGUUAACGAGGAGGUCAGAGAUGAGUUUGUCUUCAUGUCCAGAUGACCUCGUUAAUGUAGAUAUUAAUGAGGACAGAUGAUCCAUUCAUCCAAUUAAGGAGUCUGCAGUCAGUCUGAGUGGAUUUUAGCGCCCCCUGUGGACAGAGUGGGAACUGUAGUUUAGUCGAUAUUUUACGUGACUUAAGUGAGAUGAUUUCUGCCAAAUAAUUCUCAUCUGGUCCCAAAAAAAUAUGAUUUUUUCAGAGGUAGUGAUAAGGUCAGUCUUUACGUUUACAUGACUCACAAGAAAACCAAAUUAUCGCCUUUUUCCGAUUACGACCUGACAACUGAGAACUCCGAUUAAGACUCCCAGAUAAUGCGAUUGGAAUUCGAUUUUCUCUACCAUGACACUUCUUGGAUGGGGUCAACAACAGCACCGCUGAUAAGACCCAUAUCGCCCCCUAGUGUUGGGGAGGAGGACAUGUUCACAAGACAAGGAGUUCUGAUUAAACUGAGCAUGUAAGCGCACUGAGUGACUCUCUCGGAUAAAUGGCGAACUUGAAUUUUUAACAAGGAGCUCCAAACACAAAAGGUCAGAUCAAACUAAAACACUCAGAGAACCACCUCCGUAUAUACGUGUCCUGUUAGAAUCAGAACCAGAACCAGAAGUUCCUCAGACUUCCUGAAGUUCCUGUCCGGAUCAGAGACGGGUCGGUGUUGUUCUGAUUCUGUUAAAGUUAAACAAAAGAGAAGGACCCAAAAUGAAGAACAAAAUAUGAUUUAUUUAAAAGACACUAAAAGAAAAGAAACAGAAAACUUACUUAGAAAAUGUUCAACUCAAAAAUCCCCAAAAACACAAGAACACAAAUCCAACUGAACCAAAAACCCACAAAGACACUGGAGACACACAGAGGUACUGACAUACAAUGAAAGACAAGGACUAUAUAUACACACUCAGGGAAACGAUCAACGAGAGGCAGGUGAGACACUGAGACACAGGUGAGGACAAUCACAGAGGAGGGAAAACAAGAAACACAGAGAAUAAACUACUACAAAAUAAAACAGGAAACACUGAUAUUAGAGAAUAAAACACUGAGGAAACAGGGUCAGACACAAACUGAAAACUCAAGUGAAGACAACAGGGAACAGAAACACGAGGGAACAUCACAGAGAAGUACUCUGAAAUGACAGGGAAAGACUAAAAUCAGAGAAGAUCUCAUGACAGGUUCUUGUUUUUGAGUAAACCGUCUCCAUCUCUUCAUUCUUCAUGUUCCCGUUUAUAUCUGUGUGAGUCAGUGGAGCCUCGCAGAGCUGAGAGCUGCUAAAUCUUGUUUGUUUGAGGGGCUUAUUAAAAUUUGUGGACAUUAAAGGGAUUUCUCUGAUCAAACAGGGACCGUAGAGACCCGCCUCCUCUCCCAGAACCCGUCAUCACGUCUUAAAACCUCCGUUUGGAUUCACGGAGCGUGUCGCUGUCGGGGUUCUUCUCCUCUGAGUCGGUGACGCUCAUAUUUCUGUUUAACACACAGGGUGAUUCUGCUGCUGUGUGUUUGGACCCGUGUGCCGGUCUCCGUUCAGGAUCCAGUUCCACAAAUUUAUCGGACUCAAACAAAGCGAGCUCUUUAAAUGUCCAGGGAAAUUUGGGAUUAACGGGCCGGACUGAAGGCUUGUUUCCCGUCGAUUAGACUCUGAGAGGCAGAAAGAAAAUCACUUCUCCUCCUGCUGCAGGUUCUGGUUCCUCUCUGGUCUCCGCUCUCGUCACGCGUCCCCCCCAAGGACGAGCCGGGACAGUAAAUCUGACAGACUGAUGCGUCUCUCGACUCCACUUUCACUGAUGUACAGAGCUUCAGCGAGAGCGUCACCGACACCCAGGAGAGCUGAGAAUCUACAUUUACGGUUGUCUAUGAUCGACAGCAGAGACGAGGAGGAUCUUUGGAUCGACAUGAAAGAUUAACUCGGCAGUUUUUGAGAUUUUAGCUCCUUUUUUUCCUCUAAAAUUUUAACGUCACUUUGACACGCUGUGGCUCACUCAUUUAUGAUCAUGUGUUAUUGUCAGAAGUCUAAAGUAAUCAAAGACAGAGCAGGAAGAACCGCUCACAGUCGAGUGUCGGGGUCACUGAUUCUCGGAUAAUUGGCGAACUUGAAUUUUUAACAAGGACACAAAAGGUCAGAGGGAUCGAUCAGCUGAUGAAACAGUGAUCGGUUUGGAGUCCAGGAUCAAGUGUUUCCACAACACUCAAGAAAACCGAAUUAUCGUCUUAUUCCGAUAAAGACCCGACAACUGAAGGUCAUGUAAACACUUUAGUCCGACUAUAAUCAGAGUUUGAGAACUCCGAACUCUGAGGGACAAAGUUUAAAAGACAUUUAAGGGUUAAAAUGAUCAGAAAUAAAACCGAUUUUUAUGGUUUUCAGAUGAUUUUAAACCAACUUUGUCCAACAGGUUAGUCACAUGACUCUGGAGUGGGAAUCUACGCCUAAGGCGAAACGUCUCAACUAAGUCCAGUUGUCCUUUCAACGAAGAACUAGAAAUCAUUCAGUACGUUUCCAUGACACGCGAGAAAACCGAAUUAUUUUUUCUUCGCCUUUUUCCGAUUAAGACCGGACAAUUGAGAACUCUGAUUAAGACUCCCAGAUAAUGUGAUUGGAAUUUGAUUUUCUCUACCAUGACACUUCUGACGUCUGACACCGACCUGCUGUUGUUGUUGACGGUUGUAUGGGGUCGGAAACAGCGCAGCUGAAAAGACCCAUAUCGCCCCCUAGUGUUGGGGAGGAGGACACGUUCACGUCAAUAAUUCGGUUUUCUCAGCUGCAUGUAAACGAGGACGAGGAGAGAAGUCUGAUUCAGAGAGAAAGACGAAUUAUGAGUUUAGUCGAUUAAACUGAGACUGUAAACGAACUGAGUGACUCUCUCAGAUAAUUGGCUGACUUGAAUUUUUAACAAGCAGCUCCAAACACAGAAGGUCAGAGGGAUCGAUCAGCUGAUGAAUUGGUGAUCAGUUUGGAGUCCAGGGUUCAUGUUCUUGCUCUCACUACCCUGUACCUCCUUGAAAGAGGACUGAUCAUCAGACUAAAGGAUCAAGACUCAGUGUUUAGUUCAGUUUGGACGUUAGACUGAAUCUUCUGUCUGCACCGUAAAUCUGACCCUCAAAUCUACCGCAUCCUGAACGAUGAGGAGACGCUGAUUCUAGAAGUCUAGAAGUAGAUUUCCUCCUCUGGAAGGACACAAUCUACUGCUUAUAUGUCUAUGUGUCUGUCUUUAGAGAGACAACUCGUUAUCCUGCGAUUGAACGUGAAUCUGCGGGUUCUUGUGAGUUCUCGCGAUUCCUGCUGUCUGUAACCCGCCAUGAAAUUCGGAUCAUGGAUCAAACGGAUCAGGUUGGACGGCGAAAAUCACUACCGUUCCAGAUGGGGUGGAAUUCUGGAGCAAACCUCCUUCUGGAACUGAGGAGCACAUCAGGCGUCCUCCUGACCUUCAGCAGCUCUCCACCGUCCCUCUUCCUGUCCGCCUCUUUGACAGACACUUGGAGACGUCGUCUUCUUCUGCAGUGAAAACAAACAUGUUAAGUGGUCGGACUGACCCGGACAUGAGCGUGGCGCUCUGAUGCGCGCUCUCAGACCUCUCCACACUCACACAGCCUCCUAACUGGGAGCUCGGUUUGCUCUUUCCUCUGCUGUCGGCCUUUUGUGCUGCAGUUGCUCGGUGAUCAAUGCAGGAAAGCCUCUCAGUGUUUUCGGUCCCCUGGUCUCCAGAGGCAACAGAGGAGAAACAAAGGGGCCGAUGGGAACACGGUAUUCAGUCUGGGCUGGGUGGAAGUUUGCCCGGCUGGUUUUCCGGCUGCGAUCUCUCUGCCGCUGUUUUCUGUUUACAAAAAUAACCUGAUGUUUUCAUCGAUUUCCUGAGGUUUGGGCGCAGAUUCUCAUUUUCUUCCUCCUCUUUAAGCUUUUGGAGUCUGUCAGCCGGGUAAUGUCCGUCCUUGUCCUCCUCUUUGAAGACUGAGAGCUCUCUCUCUCUCCCUCCCUCUCUCUCUCUCUCUCUCUCUCUCUCUCUCUCGUUGUUGGUUUUCCUCUCAGACUUUAUAUGACAGAGGAAACAAACACUUGUGAUUCAGGGCCCUGGGGUUCGGUCCUUCAGAUCAGACUCUCUCUCUCUCUUUCUCCUCUGCUGUGAUUCUCUCUCAAACCAAAGGUUCAUCCUGACUUCAGACCUCAGCUGUCUGUGAGUUUUUCAGGAAUAAAUCAUCUGUUAGGGGUUUUAAUUGAAUAGAAGUUACUUGUGACGUUUGCCUAAUUAGAUGGAUUCACUAAAUUUAGAUAUGUAACAGUCAGCCAGUAGCUCCACCCCCUGGGUCAAAACCAAAGCCUGUGCGACGUAUGGACAGCUUGGCUCCGCCUCCAGCCAGUGUAUGGAUUUGAAGCUGAAAAGUUCUCGGUAAUUCCGCGUUUUUUCUCCACUUCCUAAAACCAACACAGUAGCGUUGUGCUCUUUUGGUGGGAGAGUCGCUGUGAUGAUAUAUAUAUAUAUACAGUAUAUAUAUUAUAAAGUUUGUCCACAGCUCCAGAAGGAGGCGGAGUUUAUGACCUAUACUGCAGCCCGUCACCAGAGGGUGCUGUUCUCAGAAAGGAGGCAGACGGUGUCUAUGGUCCAAACAGAGGCGUUCUGAUGAUGUCUGACCAUAACCUCGUUCUCACGUAAACAGACGAGUCGGCUUUAAAUUCACAGACGUCAUUAAUUACAGAAAUCAGCUGUAGAGACAGAAACUGUAAAAACAUGUUUAUUUCUACUCUCUACUGUUUACAGCAGAACUUUAACAUGGGGCUCUAUGGGAGCUGACUCACUGUUGGUGUCAGCCUCUAGUGGACACUCGUGGAACUGCAGAUGUCUCCCCUCCUUGUCUGCAGCAUGGAUGUGAAUACAGACAUGUGUUAAUGAUAAUAAUAAUAAUGCAUCAGAUUUCAUAGAGCGCCUUAUCAGAGACCCUCGAAGCUCUUUACAUUGGAUACAUCAUCCAUUCAUUCAUUCAUUCACACAGUCGCCCCCUGGUGGUGGUAAACUACCUUAGUAGUCACAGCCGCCAGUUUGCGCCUACGGCCUCUCUGACCACCACACAACACUCACAAUCAUACACCAGUGGAGGACACACACUGGGAGGACGGUGGGUUAAGUGUCUUGCUCAAGGACACAACAGACAGACUAGAUAGGGGGGAAUCGAACUACCAACCUUCCAGUUCUUGGAGGACCGCUCUUCCUCUUGAGCUCCUGAGUUUAUCCUUCAGACCCUGUUAUGUGUGAUAAAG